AAGUGGUAACAACAGGAUCUGUCCAUGGUGCUGAAAAGUGUGGCGCCUUAGGACUUAACACUGCUUCACUUCAUGUCUUUUAUUUGAUUCAAAUGGCAAGCUGGAUAUUAACACACACACUGAGAGCUUGUUUGAGAGAUUGAUUGUCUUCAUCAGAAGAUUGUAAGAGGAGGUGUCUCACGCGAUGCAAACAGGCAGGGAGAGGGAGAGAGGCAGGCAGAUAGAGAUGGGAGGAUGAUGUCAUAGUUUUCAGCCUGUGCCAUAGAAGAGGCAGAUGGCUGCAGCCUUCCACCUUUUCCUUCGCUCCUGUUUCCAUCUCCAACCCCAGCAUCAGCAUCAGCAUCAGGACUCUUCGAGGGCAAAUGGUGACAGACCGCAGAAGCUUCUUAUAUUGACCGGAGGAAACAAAGCGUUCCAUGCAUGGGAGUGGAUCAUCAGCCGAAGAAGUCCAAUGAAGACGUGAUAUGAUAUGGUCUUCCUUUUUGUCUGUAUGUUGUAUUAUGAGCAGGCGGCAGUGUAGAGGAGCUAGUCCUGCCCAGAGAGGAGGAGGAGAGACGCACAGAAGGGUGUCGACGGAGAGAGGCAGGGGUAGUGGAUACAGGAGGGGAGAAACAGAGUCAAAAUAAUACAGUAAUAGUAUAAGCUUCCAAUAAUGGCGGCUAAAUCGGACGGGGUCCUGAAGAUGAAAAAGAGUGACGUGGCCUUCACCCCCCUGCAGAAUUCGGAGCACUCCGGCUCGGUGCAGGGACUCCACCCGGGCGGCCAGCCCGACUCUGCGGGCACCGGGGACGGGGAAUUCGCCAACGGGGAGUCGCGGUGCUGCGGUGGCGGAGGCACCACCAGCCUUCGCCUGGGCAAGGAGCAGCAGAAAUACACGGUGUGGGAUUGCCUGUGGAUCGUAGCCGCAGUGGCUGUGUAUGUGGCCGAUGUGGGCACUGACGUGUGGCUGUCGGUCGACUACUACCUCCGCCGCGAAUACUGGUGGUUCGGCCUGACGCUCUUCUUCGUUGUGCUGGGCUCUUUCUCGGUGCAGCUCUUCAGCUUCAGAUGGUUCGUCCACGACUUCAGCUCCGAGGACGGCGCGGAAUCCGCGGCCGAUUGCUCCCUCAUGGACGGGAACAAACUGCUGAGUGGCUCGGCCUCACACGGCGACAUCACUGCUCCACACCACCCGGCCACGCCGCAGAGACAGGCGUCGACCGUCAGCAAGAACACCACGACCAACAGCACCGCGAGCACGGCGCUGGGCGGCAGGAGCAGGAAACGGUCGGCCUACUACUCCUUCUGUGUCUGGUUCGGCCAGUCUGUCAUCCACAUCCUCCAGCUGGGCCAGAUAUGGAGGUAUCUUCACACCAUCUACCUGGGCGUUCGAAGUCGCCAGAGUGCUGAGACAGAACGGUGGCGUUACUAUUGGAGGAUGGUCUACGAGUUUGCAGAUGUGAGCAUGCUGCAUCUACUGGCCACCUUCCUGGAGAGUGCUCCACAACUGGUGCUGCAGCUGUGCAUUAUCAUACAGACACACAAGCUCCAGGCUGUACAAGGUAUGACAGCAGCGGCCUCCCUUGUCUCACUGGCUUGGGCCCUUGCCUCCUACCAGAAGGCUCUACGAGAUUCUCGUGAUGACAAGAAGCCAAUCAGCUACCUGGCUGUCAUCAUCCAGUUCUGCUGGCACUUCUUCACCAUUGCAGCCAGGGUCAUUACCUUUGCCCUGUUUGCCUCUGUGUUUCAACUCUACUUCGGCAUCUUUAUUGUCCUGCACUGGUGCAUCAUGACCUUCUGGAUUGUCCACUGUGAGACAGACUUCUGCAUCAGCAAGUGGGAGGAGAUUGUGUUUGACAUGGUGGUGGGCAUAAUCUACAUCUUCUCUUGGUUUAACGUUAAGGAGGGAAGGACAAGGUGUCGACUUUUCAUCUAUUACCUGGUGAUCUUGGUGGAGAAUGCUGCUCUCAGUGCACUGUGGUAUCUGUACCGGUCUCCUCACACCACUGACGCCUUUGCAGUGCCAGCAUUAUGUGUCAUCUUCAGCAGUUUCCUCACUGGAGUGGUUUUUAUGCUCAUGUACUAUGCCUUUUUCCAUCCCAAUGGGCCACGUUUUGGACGCUCGCCAAGUGGCCAGGGCCUUGACCUGGACCCCACUGCUCAGUUCUCCACACUACCAUCAGAAGGUGCCACCAACUCAUUGCGCUCCAACAGAGGUGCUACCACAACUUUGGAGCGUGACAUGGGGAAGUAUUCUGAGCGGGAUGGCUGCAUGCCAGUGUUUCAGGUCCGACCCACAGUGCCAUCCACUCCAUCAUCUCGUGCUCCACGCCUUGAAGAGACCGUCAUUAAGAUCGACCUUUGUAGAAACCAUUACCCAGCUUGGGAGCGCCAUGUUCUUGACCGCAGUAUACGAAAGGCAAUCCUGGCCAUAGACUGCUCCCUGACUCCUCCACGGCUGCAGUACAAAGAUGACGCUCUGGUGCAGGAGAGGUUGGAAUAUGAGACCACUUUAUAGCUGAAUCCUGCUCUGAGAACCCAGCUUCAUAUAUCACAUUUACAGAAACAGAAACUGUGGCAAUAAAAAUGUGUUACUACCAACAACGUCACUUUUCAUCUCCGAUUUCCCCAUUCUUCAGCAUCAGCUCCCCACCCUGCAAGACGCAAAUGCACUGUUUAGUUAAGUUUGGAAA